UCUAGCAUGGACCACUUCAUUCAUCUCAUCACCUCAUUGUCGGCCGCCAAGGAGAAAUUGCUUAAACAAGUAAAUGAACACAGGGAAGCUCAGACAGAAACCACCUCUUCUGAGCCAUCUGAGAUACAACAAAGCAAUUUCCCCUAAAGAAAUCGAGAUCUAGGUGAGCUAAGAAGCAAUAAUUCAAGAAAACCCAAGGCUAGGAACUUGGGCCGGACUGAACCGGGAAUAGGCUUGGCAAGACAACGAACAUCUUAUUCUCAUUUGGUCCAAGAAGUGGCGGAGACGGUAACCAAUUGGUACUCUUACUACUUAAGAUGCCAGCCAACAGGGGGAUCCCCUAAAACAGAGACUGAAACCAAUUCAUCGAUUUGCAUCAAAACACUCUCAAAUGACGCUUAGAACUCACAGAUCAACAAAAACAACCCAAACUCAAAACUAUGCAAGCCAACCUAAGGGGGGAGGGAAGUUCCACCUUCGGUUGGGUUGAGGGACCUUCCCUUGCCCAAAGGACAGAGGAGGGUUACUUGAACAGUAGUCACUCGAAACUGUAGACAGAAGUCAGAGAAAAACUCUCUCACUAAGAAGAGAGAUGAACUCUCACUUCUUUCACCCUUAUGUAUUUGCUUAUAUUCAGGGAAUUAUGUGUAGCAUUUUCUUCCUUCUCCUUUCUUUGGAUAUGAUUGAAGAAACUUUAUAAUUAUGCAGAGAUAGAAAAUAAAGUUACACAUUCCCUUCAUCCUUUCAUUUGCUUCACUGUUCUAUUGUUAAUUGCUUAGGUGUCCUGUCAGCUCCUUUGCGCACUUUCUCCAUUCAGGAGGAACAAAGCUAGAGAUGGAGAUGAUAAAUUCAAGAGAUGGAGAUGGGGAUCAAGAGAUGAAUGUUUCAAUUGCUCGUGGGGGACCUAUUUACGUUCCCAACUUGGUGGGACCUCUCACAAGGGUUUCUGACUUUGAGUCUGCUCUUUUCUAUGAACUUGAGGAUUUGAAGGAUGAAUUGUGCUUGCAUGCUAUUUCACCAUCCAAUGAUGAUAAUAUUUUGAUUGAUGAGCUUAAAAUUUAUAGCGACGAAGAUUUGGUGGAGAUGGCCUUGAAGGAAACUCUGAAUGAUGAGAAGAAUGAAAGUUCCUUGCGGCCAUCCUCAAAGGGCUUGAUUGCCAGGAGAGAAAAUGAUAUUAGGGAUUCAAGCAAUAAUACAGAUUUGGAAAGCUCUGAAUUAGGAGAUCCUUCAGCCACUUUGGAAUCAUUAAAUGGAGAAACUUAUUGCAACGGAACAAUUGCUAACAAGAAGUCAAGGAAGAGACAAAGACUGUUGAAAUCUUCAGAUGGAUCUCAUAGUGGAACCAGCUGUAAUGGAACUAUCAAUAACAACAAUUCAAGGAAGGGAAAAGGAAAGAAGGCAAAUAAAUGUGAUGUUGACGAGAGUUGCUUUGCGAAGGUGGAUGAAGUAUUGAAAAUCAAACAAAAGCAGGAUCAAGACAAAGCAACUGUCAGACUGCAUUCAUUUAAUUGCAAAGCCAACAAGGGUGCCAUUCCAUCCUUGGAGCCAGAGAGCGGUGAAAGGCUGAAAAUGCUACCAUCUUCAAAUUCUGGGAAACAGCAGUUAAAGCCCUCAAAUGUUCAAGAACACAUACCUGUACAUCAUCCAGAGGUUGUUCUUUGCAUUGAGGUUUACCACAACAUACGACACUGGUUAAAGACACAAGAGUUCUUGGUCCUAGGAAGACAAAUGUUAACUGAAAUGAGGGACAGGAUUUAUUGCAUGACAGACCAAGUGAUGCAAAAGGCAGGGCAUUAUGAUCCAUCCGGAUAUUUUCUCAUAGAAGAUGUGUUUUGCAAUGAUACAAGGGAUCCAUCUGCAAUAGAUUAUAGUGAACCUAUUUUUGAUUGGCUUACAAACUCAAAAGAUGAUGCUCUUAGAAAAUGGGAAUGUAUCAUAAGUGGUGAGUUACAACGAAAACAGAAAGCAGUCAUAGGUGAGGUAACAACUUCACAAUUGCCCCAAUUCAGACGUGUUGACAUGCAAAAAACUCGGUUUUGUGACUUGAGAUUUCGUCUUGGUGCUGGAUACCUCUACUGUCAUCAGGGAGACUGCAAGCAUACCAUUGUCAUCAGAGACCUAAGAUUGAUUCAUCCUGAGGAUGUCCAAAACCGGGCAGCUUAUCCAAUAGUAAUUUUCCAACUAAAAUUACGUUUCCAGAAAUGCAAUGUUUGCAACAUUUUCAGGGCUACAAAAGUGACUGUGGAUGACAAAUGGACCCCAGAUAACCCUUGCUAUUUCUGUAAUGACUGCUAUUACCUUCUUCACUACUCUGAGAAUGGAUCUCUACUAUACAGUGAUUUCUCAACUUAUGACUAUCUUCAUGACUAAUUCUUGUAUUCGAUCUUUGUUUUUGAACUUGCAAUUGCUUGAACAAGUUCCUUUCUUGGCAACCAUAGUUUUAAUUGUAGCGAUAAAUUCCAUGAGUUUAUAAGUCUAAAGACUACUGAUUAUUAAAAUUACCGACUCGAUGUAUUACUGAAUGCAUUCUCUGGAGUGUCAUGGAAGUUAUUGAA